AGCUCGAAUUUUUGUUUGAAUUCAGUUUCAUCAGUUUGCUUUGACGAUUGUGAAUUUGCAAUGUGUUGUUUGGUGAUUAUGUGAUUCAAUUGAUCGUUUUACUGGAAUUGGUGAUUUUUUGUGUGAUUUUUGGUGGUAAGUUGAGAAAUUAGGGCUUUGAUUGCUGGUUUAUGUGACAAUUAAUCAUUUUAGUGGAAUUGAUGAGUUUUAUUUGAUUUUUGGUAGUAUUGCUGGAUUAUGUGACUAAUUUGAUUGUAUUAUUGGAAUUGAUGAGUUUUUGUUUGAUUUUUGGCGAUAAGUUGAGAAAUUAGGGCUUUGAUUGCUGCUUUAUGUGAUUCAAUUGAUCAUUUUAGUAUUUUCCGGAAGUGAUUAGUUUUUGUGUGAUUUUUGGCACUAAGUUGAGAAAAGAGGGCUUUGAUUGCUGGUUUAUGUGACUUAAUUUGUGAUUUUACUGGAAUUGAUGAUUUUUUGCAGUAAGUUGAGAAACUUAGGCACUGAUUGCUAGCUUAUGUGACUCAGUUGAUUAUUUUACUGGAAUUGAUGUCGAUGCUCUUUGUUUCUCUCUUGCUUGCGCUCCCUGUACAUAUAGCUCUCUCAAUUUAGCUUGAUUUUGAAUUUUCCCAUACGAUCUAUAUAUAUAUGAUAUCGCAUAAAUUUUUUACAAACUCUUAUAGAAAUUUUCCUUUGCAAAAUCGCAGAACUUUCCCUUCGCUAUUCAUCAUCAGUAGUUGGGCUCAGGCAUCCGAUUUUUUAGGUAAGAAGGUGAAACAUUAUGUAUUUGAAGACGAUUAGGCGAGUUCGAAAAAUUGUGAGUGUCAGGUGUAUUUGAAGAUGAUUAGGUGAUCUGGAAUGCUUGUUUGAUUUUUACUCAUGUAUCCAUUUCUAUGCACGUUAGUCGAAGCGAUUUUCUGGUCUAUAUUUCAAAUCUCAGUAAUCUCUGCUUCUGUAACGAACAAUUAUGUGUGGUUUAUUAGGCAACACUGAUAUUUUCUAUUCUAAAUUGAGCAUAUGCUAAAAGCAUGUUUAAGUGUGCGUAGGUAAUGUAUUUUUAGCAUCAUCGCAUCGAUCCAGCAAAAAAACCAACAAAACCUGUAAACUAUAUACCGAAAUGACAUUAGUGAACUCGAAUAAGUGUCGAUUAAGUGUUUAAAUACUCUGAUUAUUCACCAAAAUGAGUGGAAAUUACUUCGGUACCGACAAUUUAGUGGGUGAUAAGGCAACACUUGUUAUUAGGGAUAGUUUAUUUGUGCUGCACUCAGUGUGAUAUAUAUUAGUAGAGACUUCGCUGCUCCAAGUUGCUGUCAAUGUGGAAGUAGAUGUCAAUGUGGGUAAUGACUUAAAACUUUCUUGUUUAGCAUGUUCUAAUUGGAAAGAAAAUGAACUAGUUUUUGUUCUAUUCAUGGGUUCUCUUCUGUUUUACCUUCUAAGUUGUUUUUUCUUUGUUUUUAACUGGAUGGGGGUUCAAUAUGGUCCAUAAAAUACUUACAAAUAGCCUCAGUUGGUUGAAUAAGAAAUCACCUUAGCGUAACGCUUUUUUAGAGGUAAAACGUGGGCUAAACGCUUCCUUUUGAAGGUAAGAUGUGAUAAUGUAGUUUGUGGAUACCUUAUUUGUGCUUCACUCAGUGUGACAUGUAUAAGUAGGUUCUUAAAGGAUUCUGUAGAUACUUUGCUGCUCCAACUUGUUGUCACAGUGGGAAUGUCUUGUAUCUUUCUUGUUUAUUAUGUUAAGAUUGGAAUGACUAUGUCCUGCUCCCGAGGCUUUGGUCUUGUGGUAGGAACAUAAAUUGUGAUGUGUAGGUUAGACACACGUCAUGGGUUCUAUUCGAACUCCAACGCAUACAAAAGUUUGGUAUUUAAGUCCGGAAGCUUAGAGGGGCAGACCUAUUAUGUAUCGAGUUUCAAACCGUGUGCCACAAGUUUUCAGAAUUUCAAAAUAGCUAUGUGCUCCUACUGAAAUUCUGGAUAGAAAAGUAAUCAGUUUCUUGUACAAUCAUGGAGAACUCUAGAAGUAAAAGAUGGAUCGAUUAUAGUUAAAGAGUAUUUAGACGGAGUAGAAAAAUUUCUGAACUACGCCUUUCGUGAAAAACAUAACGGGGAAACAAUUUCAUGCCCAUGUACACAAUGUGUGCUAUUCUAUCAAGUAAAUCGGGCAAUGGCAUAUGAUCAUCUCGUGGUUCAUGGUAUUAUGCCUUCAUACGAUAAUUGGUUUUGUCAUGGGGAGUCAUUCAAUGGAUCAACAAGUAUCGAAGAAAAUAACGACAGGCAAGAAGCUUUCAGGGGCGAUGAUAUGAGAGGAAUGAUACAUGAUGCUUUUGGAAGCAUCACCCAUUUUAUGGAUGAUAACACCAGUGAAGUGGGAGAGAUAGAGCCAAACUUAGAGGAGAAUACUCCUCAUUCAUCGGGAAACCAACCUCAUCCAGAGGUGGAUAAGUUUGAACAACUCAUGAAAGAUGCAAAUGAAGAACUUUAUCCUGGGUGCAAGAAAUUCAGUAAACUGUCAUUUUUGCUUCAACUUUACCGUAUAAAACUAUUGUUCAAAUGGCCAAAUGAGUCUUUUAAUGCUUUGCUUGGUUUAUUGAAGGAUGCAUUACCAGAGGGUCUUUUAGGAGUAAGAAAAGCUCGCGGACCUACACUAUUAAAAGAUGUUUGGAAUCUACCAUCGGGGAAGACAAUUGUUGUGCACUUUAAUAGUCGUAAUCAAGCUAUUGGAAAAGAGGGUCAAAAGCUCGCUAGCUUUCUAGGCAUGGUUGCUAGGACCCCAGAAUUGACACCAUUAAACGUGGAUGAUUGGCGAGUGUUUGACAAAGAAGAAAAGUUGAAAUUGGUGGAGUUUGUGAAGAGAAAGUUCUCAAUCCCUGUACGUGGAGAAGAGUUUGUAAAAAAGUCAAUAGGAAAGAAAUGGAAGGACUAUAAAUGUGAUUUGAAGACUAUGUAUGUGACCAAAUACAAGACCAAAGAUGCCUUGAUGAAAAAUAGACCAAGUCACUUACCAAGGGAUCAAUGGACUGGUCUCGUCUCGUAUUGGCUUUCUGAUAAAGCAAAGGAGCGCAGUCAAGAAAUAGAAUCAGUAGGGCUAAGCAAAAAAUGCCUCACACGGGAGGAUCCAAAAGCAUAGCAACCUUGAUGAAUGAAAAGGCUAUAGGUGGAAUAGAGCCUACACGUGCAGACGUUUACAUAUUGACUCAUACAAAGCGUAAGGAUGGUAGACCAUUGGAUGAGGAGUCUUCAAAUACAAUUGACAUGAUGAAAGAGAAGAUGAGUAAUAGUGAGACUCCUUAUGAACAACAUCAAGGCAGUGUUGCUUGGGAAGGAGAUUUGUAUUCUCAAGUGUUGGGAAAUGAAAAAAGUGGCUAUUUCCGUGGUUUAGGACUUGGUCCAACCCCUUCUCUAUUAUGGGGCAGUAAAUCUUCCUUACGAAAUGUUGUUGUUGAUGGUUUGUCUAAUGAAGCUGCUCAUAAGCUGGAACACGAGAUAAAUGAGUUAAAGGAGUUGAACAAAAAACAGGAUGAAGAAAUAAAGUUGGAAGUAUCAAAUUGUCAAGGUAAAAAACAAAAAUUAGGUAGCAGUAGAAGAUGAUGUAGGGCAACCAAAAACACUGGUCUAUAGUCGGAAAUUCUAUUUUAAACUUCUGUCACAAUAUAUUUGAUUUUUCAAACUAUCCCUGCCUACUUAAAUAAUACCUAUCUUUGUUUAAUCCCUAAGUUUUAGAAUGCCAAUAAUCUUAAAAAUUCAAACCUAUUAGUUUGUGCAAUACUAUUUACAAAGUCAUUACUAAAACCAUUGUCAACAGUAUCAAACCUUUCCUUGAUAAUCUUAUUGGCCCUAUCAAUCGAGUUUCCUUAAGGGUCAUCGAGCUUGUGACAAUGCUAUUUUAGUUCAAGAAUUAGUGAACCACAUAAACCACUCUAAGCACUCUAAAGGUAGCCUUAUCCUAAAAAAUGAUUUAGAAAAGGGCUUUGAUAGAAUAGAGUGAUCUUUUGCGUAUCGUACCUUCCAUUACUUUAAAUUCUCCUCUAGGAUCAUUAAGUAGCUUAUCAUGAAUUGCAUUAGUAGUUUUAAUAUUUCCAUUUUGGCAAAUGGUACCAACACUGAGUAUUUUUCUCCUUCUAGAGGUAUCCGUCAAGGAGGCCCUAUGUAACCUUACAUUUUUAUUCUUUGCUUGGAACUUCUCUCAAGGUACAUUAACUACCAGGUGGACAUUCUCAACUGGGAAUUCAUUACCCUUAGCAAAAAUGGAGGAAAUGGUCCUCUUUUUUCAUAUCUAUUUUUCGUAGAUGACCUAACUCUAAUGUCUAGAGCUAAUGACAAAUCUAUUCAGGAUAUUCAUGACUGUCUAGACUACUUUUGUAAAUUAUCGGGGCAAAAAAUAAAUUCCAGCAAGUCAAAAGUUCUUUUCCCAAAAAAUUGUCCAAAUACUAUUCGUAGCCAAGUGCUUCACCUUUUAAACAUAAAGGCUACUAAUACCUUUGGAAAAUAUUUAGGAUUUUCCAUCCAAAACAGUAAUUCGAAAGCUCAUGUUUUCCACUACAUUCUUGAUAAUAUGAGAUCCAAGCUCUCUAGUUGGAAACUGAAUUUUCUCAAUCCUGUAGAUAGACUUGUUCUUGCAAAACCCUCUCUCAGUGCCAUCCCUGCUCACACGAUAAACCUGCGAAACCAUUGAUA